UCAAAAUAUCACUUGUUAUACAUUUUGAUACCUUUAUUGCAAAUUAUUUUGCAUUCCACACCAUUUUAUCCAUUUUCGUCUUUAUUUUAGAGCUCCAUGAACAGCUUGUGCAAAGAGACAAACAAAACAAGCACACCAGUUACAUAUCAGAGCCAUGGUUUGACAUGUACUUGAAAGAUCGUCGCCCAGUUUCCUUGACCCACAAUCCAUUUAUUACCUUCACUGAUGACCCUAAACCAGAAUAUAUGGAUCAGUUAGUGAGAGCUACCAACUUGGUAAUGUCUUCCCUACGUUUCAUGAAGACUUACAGAGCUAACUUGUUGGAGCCAGAUGUUUAUCACCUGAAUCCAAAACAAAGUGACACCUUGCAGUUCAGGAAGUUUGUCAGAAUGUUGCCUAAGGCAGUUUCUUUCUAUGGAGCAUACUGGUACAAGGCAUUUCCACUAGACAUGAGCCAAUAUCCAAACCUGUUUAACUCUACUAGGAUCCCAAAACAUGGUAAAGAUGUGCUGUUCACAGACAGCUCAGCCAAGCACAUGCUAGUCAUGAGAAAAGGUCACAUGUACCUAUUUGAUGCCAUAGAUAAAGAUGGAAAUAUUGUCACUCCAGAGAUAAUUAUGUCGCACAUUAAGCAUAUAUUGAAUGAUCCACGCCCAGCCAAUGAGAAUGCCCUCGGUGUACUCACAACAAUGGACAGAGAUAAAUGGGCAACUGUGAGAACACAGCUCUGUAACGCAGGGGAUAUGAAUGAAUCAGCUUUCUUUUCAUCAGGGGUGAUGAACGAAGGUUACAUGAAACUUGUAGACUCCGCCCUAUUUUUACUGGUACUAGAUGAUACCACGCCAGAAGAUCCUAACGAGAUUACUAGAAACUUCCUACAUGGGGAUGGAACAAACAGAUGGUUUGAUAAAAGUUUUUCCUUGAUACUAACAAAAGAUGGGAGAGCAGCUGUAAACUUUGAACAUGCCUGGGGAGAUGGUGUCGCAGUUCUGAGAUAUUUUAACGAAGUCUGGAAAGAGUCUACAACUAAACCAUUCGUCCAUCCUGGCACAGUGCCAUCUAAUGUGGAUUCAAAUCUUACUGUUCAGAAUAUAGAAUUUGCUCUAGAUCCAAAAUUAAAGGAAUAUAUAAACAGUGCAAAAACCAGCUAUGAGAAAAAAUAUACAAGCUUGGAUGUUGAUCAUCUAGAAUAUUAUAAAUUUACAAAGACAAGUUUGAAACAAAUGAAGCUCAGUCCUGAUGCAAUGCUACAACUUGUGAUACAGAUGGGUUAUUACAAACAGUAUGGUAAGACAGCAGCCACAUACGAGUCUUGUAGUACUGCAGCAUUUAGACAUGGUAGAACUGAGACCAUCAGAUCAGCAACUCAUGCAACAAAGAAAGCGUGUGAGAUGUUUAAUCAAAAGAACAAUACAUAUUCAGUGGGGGAUUUGAAAGAAGCUCUUGAACAAUGCUCUCAAUACCAUGGUCAGCUUACCAAAGAGGCAGCAAUGGGUCAGGGCUGGGAUAGACACCUGUUUGCUAUGAAGUAUUAUGCAGGCCAGGAAGGGAAGGUACCAAUGCUGUAUCAGGAUCCAGCAUACGCUAACAUUAAUCAUAUUAUCUUAUCAACAUCAACACUCAGUAGUCCCUCUGUAGUUAUAGGUGGAUUUGGUGCUGUAACUCAAAAUGGGUAUGGCGUAGGUUAUUCUGUUGAAGAUGAGAGAAUUGGCUUUAACGUUACCAACUACCCACCAGAAACCAACGUACAUGAGUUUAUAGAUUGUCUCAAGGAAAGUUUAGAUGAUUUAAAUGCUGUGUUUGAAGGAAGAAAUCCUAGAAGUUGAUCACAGUAUUUUAUAUAACUUGGUAAACUACAGGGAGAUGUAUCUUUACCUGUAUUAUUUAUGAUUUAGGACUAAUUUUCCUAUUUAUAUCAUUAUCUUUAGGUGAUUUAGUGCAUUAUGAACCAUAAUGGUUUUAUUUAUGUGUUUGUUACUAUAUUUAGAACUUAUGAUAAGAGUUACAUGUGUGCGAAAGGCAUGGUGUUGGACUUAUAAUUAAAAUGACCACUGUCAUACUGCAUUCCUCAGCUAUGAACACUCUGAAUAAAUGGCUUAUUUGUAGAUUAGAUGUGACCAAAUAGUGAAAAUGGAAAGUUAGCCCAGCAUGGCACAAUUGACAAUAUUGUAGACUGGUUGUGACUCACACUUUGUAUGGAUGGCAGUGGUAAAUAAACUCUAGUACAGUUGCGCAGAACAUAACCUUUUAUCACAAUCUUGCAGAAUGAUGGAAGUGGACCAUAUUUAAAGAAAAGUUUAUUGUAACAGUCAUGUUUUGUGUCUAUGCUUUUGAAUACUGCCUUUAUGCAUUAUUAUCAUUGUGGUUUUUUUCAUUGUUGAUUUUGUUUUAUUUUCAUUUGGGCACAAAUGUUAGAAUGCUGUAAAAAUAGAAAAUAAAAUGUGCAAUGUUUUGAAUAAACAAGUACAUGUAAGUCUUCGGAUUUAAUAAUGGGCGUUUUCCUGUCAUAAAUUAAAGCAUUUUUUGAUGAAAAAAUUUUUUGUUUUAAGGUAAAACGUAUAUUGAAAGGUCAUAAGAAUUUUACAUAUUUUGUAGCUAUUUUAUGUUUUCAAGAUGAACAUGAUUAUAUUGUUAAUUGAUAAGAAAAACUUAAAAACUUGACAGCCAUCAAAUAUUAUAUUAUAAAAUACUAACUAAGUAAGAUGGGCAAAUAUUUUUCAGCUAUUGUUUAAUAAAUUAUUGUGAAUACCUCAAGUUCAAAGCAAAAUAUUAUAUGAGAUGGUAUAGCAAGAUAAUAUAUGAGCAAGUAUAAGGUCAGAGCAUGCAUGCCUUUUAUAGUGCAAAACAUAUUUUCCCCGGAGAGACCUAUCGUGUUCUUGUAUUAGUUGUAUUAAGAAUUUGCCAGUGUUCACCGAGAUCAUAAUGUUGUCAUUAUAUAUUAUUUCGAACAAAAUUAUCUGUGAUAUUUUCAUUUGUAACUGUUCUGUAAACUUAAAACUGUACAGGUUUUUCAUUCUGAAUAAAGCUCAAUAGACUUUAAAA